GUUUCAUUUUUCGACAGGGAGAGUAGAACAUUCCAGGAAAAUUUGCAGUUUUCACUUCGGCGAUAUAAGUGCGCAUCUUUUCAUUUUGAAAAUUUGCCAUUUCGGUCUUCUCCAAACCCCUUUUUCCUUUCGCUCUCGCGAAACCCAGCAGUUCCCACUCUCACAAACCCUAACCACGGCACCACCACAUUCUCUCGCUUCCCCCUCCCUUCAGCCAUGCCCCAAUCACGUCACCGUCGCGUAACCGUCGUCGACCUCGCCGCCUCCUUAGCCCGCCGCCGCGUCUCAUUUAUCUUCAACGAAGCUCCGACUCUCCGUACCCCUCCAAGAACCGCCGCCUUCGGUCGCGGAAGAGCUCGCGCUUCUCCCCGCUCCCAGAACAUACCGCCAUCAACUGCGCGACGUGGUAGAGGACGCGUUCCGUUACGCUCCGUGCUUCCGGCGUGGUUCCCUAGGACACCACUCCGUGACAUUACUGCUGUCGUUCAGGCGAUCGAGAGGAGAAGUGCGAGGCUAGGAGAAGUCGAAGGCCAGCGAAUCGGAAACACUGAUCCUGCUUCAGAUCGUUUAGUUUCGGAACCUUCCGAACCUGCUUCUGCUUCUGCCUCUGCCUCUGCGGUGAAAUCGCCGAAAUCAGUUGGAGUGAAACUCCGAACGCCGUUCGGGAGCAAGGUCCCGAAGAUCUUCCUCGACAUAUCCGAGUUACCGGAACACGACGAAUCGGAGGCUCUGACGCCGCAGAAGAAGCUUCUCGACAACAUCGAUCAGGUUGAGGAAGCGGUGCGCGAAGAACUGAACAAGCUGAAGAGAACUCCGAGCGCGAAGAAAACAGAGAGGGAAAAGCGGGUUCGCACAUUGAUGUCCAUGAGGUAAACGAAUUGAGAUUUUGAUUUUUUUUUCAUCCACAGAGCCAUAGGCAGCAGAGCAGGGGUAUUAUAGUCAUUUUACUCUGGACUGAGUUGAUUCAGCGGGACAGUGUUUUUCCGGUUCGCUUUGCUUGCGUCUUCGGCUUGAAGUUGCAAGAUAUUAUUCUCUAGUUUUGUUUUUACUAACUUUCUUGUUGGAACUUUUUUGAUUAGUAGUGUUCGUUGAUAGAUAUAUCCAUCAUUUUCUUGUGAUGGUUAGUGAUUCCCAGCUCCUGUUGUACAUAUUUCCCAUACAUUUCGGGUUGGUGAUUACUUCUUGUGUACCAAUUGUAAAACAGUUCAAGAUAACAAUCGAUUCGUUUUUUGGUGCCAA